GGUACGCUGUGCUCUGGAUGAGCUCAAACAGCGAGACGCCGAUUUUAGCAAAUCACAAAUUCUCGAACGGCUUCCUCCUUCGAGUCGUGUGUCCGUCGCGGGUACUCGUAGUAAUGUCCUCUCCCGCUUGCCGUAGCGGACGUUUUUGAAUCGGCGGCUCCUGCUCGCUGUUUUUCAGCUUUCAGAGCUGCGUCUAUAUUUUUGUUGCUUUCAUCCGACCUGAAGUUUCUACGAUGAACGUCCAACCUUCAAAUCCCAAUAACCCGAUCGUGUUCUUUGACGUGACCAUCGGAGGGCAGGAGGUUGGAAGAAUGAAGAUUGAGCUGUUUGCUGAUGUUGUUCCUAAGACUGCAGAGAACUUCAGGCAGUUCUGCACUGGGGAGUUCAGGAAAGACGGCGUUCCGAUUGGAUACAAAGGAUGCACAUUUCACAGGGUGAUAAAGGACUUCAUGAUUCAAGGAGGUGACUUUGUUAAUGGAGACGGCACAGGGAUUUGCAGUAUCUACCGGGGUCCGUUCGCAGAUGAAAACUUCAAACUGAAGCACUCUGCUCCCGGCCUGCUGUCUAUGGCAAAUAGUGGUCCUGGAACAAACGGCUGCCAGUUUUUCAUCACUUGCACAAAGUGUGACUGGUUAGAUGGGAAACACGUCGUAUUUGGCAAAGUGGUGGACGGUUUGCUGGUCAUGAGAAAAAUUGAGAAUGUGCCUACUGGACCCAACAACAAACCAAAACUACCCAUCGUCAUUGCCCAGUGUGGAGAGAUGUAAAUUUUCUUUAUUUUUUUUACCUUAUUGUAAUAACGGUGUUUCUGCAUGUGUGCAGAAUUUUGAUAUAUUUCUUUUGGAAUAAAGAAAUGAGAAUCUGAUUUACUUUCUAAUAUGCCACCAGUGGUCCUCUAUCUGAUUUAAACAGCUAGAGUCUGUGUAGAUUAGUUUCUAAAUGACUAACAAUGUGUAACUUUGAUAUCUAUAUCCUUCUCUAAAUACAUAAAGUAGACAUAUAAUAAAUACAGUGGAGACAAGCACCUCCUGUUUCUCCAGAGGCCUAAGAAGAAUACUUUGAUUCUCUUUUGGAUCACUUCACAAUUAUCCAUUCACAGUCUGGCUUGACUACUUUCUUUGCCAAGUAUCCUUGAAUAAACACCAGCCAAAGUUUUUGGAA